AUGCGGUCUGCCAAAGCAGUCGUUUCUGAGAAACUCGCGCGCCUUGGAGCUUCCACCAUGGCUCACAGCACCAGCGGGAUACAUGCCAACAAUAGGCCGCACACCAUUACCUCGCUGCGACGUUGGUCUAUUGUGAACAAAGAACUCCCAGCUAUGCGCAAGAUCCGCGCAAUUCACGUUUACGACUUUGACAACACCCUAUUCUUAAGUCCGUUGCCAAACCCGCAGAUAUGGCAUGGAUCAUCAAUUGGAUCCCUUCAAUCCGUGGACCACUUCGCCAAUGGAGGGUGGUGGCACGACCCAAACAUCCUCGGUACAACAGGAAAGGGUGUGGAGGUUGAAGAGCCCCGCGCAUGGGAAGGCUGGUGGAAUGAGCAAAUUCUUCGCUUGGUACGCAUGAGUAUGGAGCAGAAAGAUGCCCUCACAGUGCUGUUGACCGGCCGAAGUGAGGCUGGGUUUGCCGACAUCAUCAAGCGGAUGGUGGCAAGCCAAAAACUCGAAUUCGAUCUCAUCGGUCUCAAGCCCGAGGUUGGUCCACAUGGACAGCGGUUUUCAUCAACCAUGGAAUUCAAACAGGCCUUCCUUGAAGAUUUGGUUCUCACUUACGAGCAGGCUGAAGAGAUUCGCGUCUACGAAGAUCGUGUCAAGCAUGUGAAAGCAUUCCGGGACUACUUCGAAGAGAUGAACAAAAAGCUUCAGAUUGGAGCUUCCUCUUCUACCACACGUGCGCCCAUUCUUGCUGAAGUGAUCCAGGUAACUGAAGGCUGCACAUAUCUUGAUCCCGUAGCCGAAACCGCUGAAGUGCAGCGCAUGAUUAAUUCUCACAAUCUUGCUUUGCGUGAACCAUCUCUAUCCACAAAAAACAUUCGCAAUGGUCGUUUAAGCAUCAAACGCGUUGUUUUCUACACUGGAUAUCUUCUUUCCCAAGAGGACUCAAACAGGAUGACUGAGAACUUGCUGGUUCCAGCACUACCCCCUGGUCUUGCUGACUCUAAUGACCUCAAAUACAUGGCUAACAGCAUUCUUAUCACCCCACGCCCAGCCCCUCGUUCCAUUCUGGACAAGGUUGGAGGCAUGGGCAAGAACAUCAAGUGGAAGGUUACCGGUACCGGAACCUUUGAAAACAAAAUCUGGGCUGCCCGCGUGGCGCCUGUCUCGGCAACAGAGCCGGUGUAUUCUGAUAACCCACUGCCGAUUGUAGUCCUGGCUGUGCGCAAAGGCUCUCGCCUUGUUGACGCAGGGAGAAUUCAAAAUUGGCACCCAGUUCCUGCUGAUCAGGCUAUGGUAUUUGACACUGUUGUUGGAGAAAAGGUCGUCUUGAAGAUUGAGACCGAAGGUCAAUAUACCAUGAAUAAAAGCCACAAGCGACGUUUCCAGGAUCGAGAUGACAGUGGCGUGGCUCAGACCACACAUCAUGCUAGCUAUGAUGGGGCAUCAUCUUAUUCCCGUGGCGGUCACAACUCCAACCAACGAGGUGGAGGCCAGUACUCUGACGAAAGUCCUCGACGCGGAGCUUAUCGUGGCCGUGCCCGUGGUAAUACACGUGGACGUGCCAACAGAGGCUCCCGUGGACGAGGUCGCGGCCGCGGCGACCAUGCAGCAUACCACUACAAGUCGCUGGAUGAUUAUGGUGGAGCCUCCCAUGGCGAUGGGGGAGGUCAUGGCGGUGCUGGACGAGGAGCGUAUGCCAUGGACUACUGA